AUGUGUGCAUCACCAACAAACAUCACCCCACCUCGUAAGUUCUACAUCACCAACAAGCUUCCCCUUCCACGUGAGGACUGCCACUCCAUCACCAUUCCACGUACCUUCGUAAAUGGUGUCAGUCCUUACCCGAACGGCAUUCGACAUGGCUUUAGCAACGCAAUACAUCACCGAGUGUCUCUGCUCGUCUCGGAGACUUUGUAUAGCAACGGAUGUUCUCAUGCUAUUUUUGCAAAUCAGGGGCAGCACAAUGGCAAUGAAUUUGGGCGAGUGUUGGCAGCCCUGUUAAUAGCAGCGACGAACGCGCUAAGGACACGGGUCAGCGAGCCCCAACAGCUCCUCAACAGACAAGUGACGUUCAGCAAUCCGACGGCCCCAUCCGCCGGCGAAGAACCAGAUCCCCCACGCCCCGCGGAAAAGAGUCGACUCCAUAGAUUCGACUCUCGAAAAAGCGCCUUCACCAUGUGGAACGACGACACGGGGUAUGGAGAGGCGAGGAAAGAAUCACUGCGACGAGCUGUACCUAAUAAUCAAGAGCGUCGAAUGGAGAUUGUGCCCCUGUGGGAACACCGUCAGCACGUCGGCCAGUGCGCAUGUUGCACUGGGACCAAGGAUGCACAGUGAUUAUCGACUCUACUUGUGUAUUCAUAGCUGCGCGUUGCGAUAGUGCCCAUGUAAGAAGACCGUCAGCACGUCGGCCAGUGCGCGUGUUGCACUGUGACUAUCAAUUCUACUUGCGUAUUCAUAGAUGCGCGUUGCGAUAGUGCCCAUGUAAGAAGACCGUCAGCACG